AGCCGAGAAUACAGAAAAGAAACAGAAAUGAAAGGGGUAUUGGGGAUUGCGGAAUUACUGAGUUGCGUGGUUAUUCUCGUAGUGGCAAGAAAUAUCGAUGAACGAUGCAAAAUCGACGAGAAAACGAGAAUCGUGUGCCGGUGCAUUGGGAACGAGGAAUUUCUCCUGCCGGAAGGAUACAACUACGAAAAUGUGACGAGUCUGCAUAUCGCAUCCUGCAGCUUCGCGAAUCUGCACUUUUCCAGUUUGACGGAAGCUAAUCGGAUCACAGAAAUAGUAGUGCAAAACAUUAGCGAGCGUUUAAUUUUCGAGUUAUUCCUGACAUCGAAGAGGAUCAAACGAUUAAAAUUGUCGAACAUUCGGCGAAUACCAUCGAUCACGCGCGAUACUUUUCUCAGUUUGGACAGCAUUGGAUCGAUGAAAAUCGAAGACACGCGAAUCGAUCGUUUCGAAGAACUCUUCACCAAUAUCACUAUAACCGAUUUCUCCAUGAUCAACGUUACGAUAGAACAGGUCGAUGGAUUGAACUUUUCAGGAAAGGGAGGCACGCUAAAAAUAGAAAACACGGAUUUUCAGAACAUCACAGGAUCCCUGAAUUUUGCGUAUUUCUCAAAGAUAGAGAUCGUUCGUUCGAAAUUUCAACUCCAGAAACCGAGUCACCUGUUGAUCGAAGGUGACCUGGUUUACCUCGAUAAUUGCGUGUUUUCAAACGCGAGCGCGAACGUAGUCGCCGCGGGCAGCAUCACGAUAAACGAUACGUGCGCGGAUGGCAAAAGCUCCAUGAGACUCUCGUCCAGCAAGAUUGAAAGCGUGAACAAUCGAUUGCCCACUGAAAUAGUUUACACGAGAAACAAGUUACUCAAAGAACCGUUUUUCAUUCAAAAUAACACGGUAUGUAUCGCGGGUAACUGUAAAUGCCCGAAAAGCGGUGCUCAAAGUACACGUGCAACGACAAUAUGUUCGUUGUUUGCUUUGCAAUUUUUCUUAACAAUUAGUUUCUUACUGUCUGUGCUUCUCUAGUUAUUUCGGAGGCAGUCGUUGCUUGCCACUUGAAACUUUCAACUAUCUAUUUACAUAAAGCCACGACGUUUCUAAACUAUAAUAAAAUAGUCUGGAAUAAACUAGCGCGAAUCACACGCUCGCUUUCCCCACCAAUCGUCUGUUUACUUGUGCGAGACGCAGUUGGAUAUAGAGUAGGCUUUUUGCGUUAUUUUCAGAGGUAUCGAAUAAGGUUAAUCGCGGAAGUUUUUCAGUUUUGAAACAUUGCACUUUCCGCGAUGAAAAAUAUACGAGUCAAACGCGAUACCCCGGUAUGUAUUGCGUUCCAUUCUUCCUGGGCAACAGAGUGGGAUAUACGUGCGGACGAGGGGCGUUGCUGAUAUAGAAUAAAUUUAAAUAAUAUAAAAAUAUAAAUCAUUUAACGAAUGUCUACUGCUGUAGGUACAUACGUACUUGUCGAGUCGGUAGAGCUGUAAUGC